AAUAUAAAAUAAAUACAAAGAACUUUAAUCCCAUACAUUUGGAAUAAAAAAAGUGAAACGAAAAAAUAAUAUAGCUAGUAAAAAAGAAAAUAUAAAUUGUGGAUCAUCAAUAUGGCGACUUUGGAGAAACCAAAAAAAAGCAAAUCUAAAAAAUCGAAAAUAAAAGUGACUGCGGCCCAUGUUGAUAUCGAAGAAGAUUCUGAAAAUGAGUCAGAAAAUUGCGUUGUUAACAAAGAAAUACCAACUACUUCUGCUGCAGCCGGCGAUGUCACAAAAGCUAAAAACUCUAGUAUCGACAACAUAAAUGACCUGGUGGCAUCGACAUCUGCCACUAGAGAUAAUAUAGUGACUAAAGAAUGUUUUAUUGCUUCCGGCUAUAAAGAUGACGAAUCCAUACAGCCAGAUAAGGGGGCUAAUAGAAUAGAAGCAAAACCUGAAGCACAAGUUCAACCUGAGGAUAACAUAAACACUCCCUCGGCACCUCCUUGCUUGGAGGAUAUUCAACCGCCCACAACUUUAAGCUCAACUAAUUUGAUUCAAUAUCCCCAGAUACAACGUUUUCAAUAUGAAGAAACUGCGCCCGCUGUCGUUUAUAGCCCUACCAAAAUACGUACUUCCGCUUUUCGUUUAUCAGCCUCAAAACUUCAACCCCUUAGCCAGGAACAACUGUAUCAAUAUUAUUAUUGUGCUGAUCUCACAGUGGUACAACAAUUCGAAAUGGAAUUUCUUAUGAAUUCACUUCUGGAGACUUAUGAAAAUGAGCCUUUGUACGCUGCACUGCAGGAAUACUAUCACAUGCAAAGCAAAUUAACUAUGAAUUUACAUGAUGUCAAGAAAUUUCGCAAAGAAGCAGGGGCUGCCCAAGAGCACAUAUGGGUAGAGGUGCCCAUUACUAAGACAUUUUCCGAAAAAUGUGGUGAUAAAAUAGAGGUUAAAGAGUCUGUUACUUUCAAUAUUAUACAAGUUGAUGGUAAAAAUUUGGAAGCUGCCACCUCAGCUUUAACAGUUCUAUUUGAUAUUAUAUCAAAUACAUAUACCAGUAAUUUAAUUACAACAAAAAUCAUUAAAAUUAAGAUCGAUCAAAUGAUAGAUGAAUUAAUCUACUGUCCCUCAAAAGAUGUUGAUGAACCCCUUAAACUUCAAUCCCAACUUGACAGCAAUUUAUUGACAAUUAUUGCACAACUACGCAGAGCUUUAAGCAUACUUUUCCAUUUUUCAAGGAAAUUAUCACCCAAUAAGGAUUUCGAUAAAGAUUUAAAAUUUUGGUUUAAAAAACUAAUAUCGCUACAUUUACGCUUGGCCACCAAAGAAGAUCAUUGGUUUUUACUAUUCAAUAUCUUACGAUGUCCCAGUGGUGUGGGUACUUGGGCUAGUGAAUUUAUACAAAUUCCCUGUAAUCAACAAGUUCCUCUAACCUCCUCCAAACAUACAAAUGAAUUGCCACUGCAAUUAAAUUCACCGGAAAUAAAUCAUUGCAUGUCAGUGUUACAAGUUCUACUUAUGCCCAUUAAGAAGCGUAAUGAAUAUUUGAAGCAAUUCACUCAGUCUCAAAAGGAAAUAACGGAUCCGGUCACGGAGGAACGUUGGAUAUUGGUGGAUUCGGAUGGUGAAGACAGUCAUACGCCAGCCGGUGAUUGUGUGGGCCUAAAAGAAAGUGAUUUAAUUGCUUUACUCAAUCAAAUUCCCUUGGAGGAGCUAUUUAGAUCUGCUUUAAGUAUUGAAAAAUUUCUAGAUGAUUACAUUGUCGCAACAGAUUUCAUAACAGCUGAGAAAAUGCUUCAAGUCUUAGCGUUCUUUUCCCAACUGCUGACUCUCUUUGGUGAGGGCAUGUUGACCUACAACAAUGAACGUUAUAAACAAUUAGCCAAACGUUUAGGACGUUUAAUGAGACACUCUCUGCAAUAUGUUUCCGAUUACCAUGAGCUGUUUCGGCAAAAUAAUAUUUCAAAAGAUUUGACCAUUAGCGAACGUAUUGCUUUAGAAAACAACAGUUUACUUUUGAAAGCUUGCAGAUAUAUAUAUCGUACUCGCAAUUUGGCUACUUGGCAGUAUUUCUCCUCAUUGCCUUUUUCUUCUAUGGAUGCUGAUACAAUUUGGCAAAUAUUUUAUUACUUGAAUGUGGGAUUUCCAUCAAAUCUUACAACACCGGAAGAAGAUUACAUGGAUCUUUUGAAUGCCUCCGAUUUUUGGGCCAAAUUCAAUAUAGCCAAUGCUGACUCAUCUGAUGAGGAUUUAUAUUACCUACUGCAAGCUUUCUUUGAAAUGGCCAACGAUAGAGAUAAAAACAAGGAUUGGGAUUUAAUAAAAAUCAUUUGUUUGCAUAUUUUUAAUAUUGGCUUCAUCAAUAAUGAUACCCGUGACAUUUGCUAUAAGACUGCCCGAGAUAUGUUGGUUAAUUUAACUUUAUCCUACGAAGAUUUAAUGUCCUGUUUGUUGGCUCAACUGAAGACACGCUUUGAGGAAUGUGAAAAUGUUAAAUAUUUAUUUAAAUCGCUACCACUUGAAAAUUGGAAACCGGAUAUGGAAAGUUUUGAAACACUUUCCAACUGGCUGUUGCAUUUCGAUUUUAAAACAGCCGAAAAUAUGUUGGCACGCAUUAUUAUCAGUCAUUUAAAUUGGUCAUUCGAUUGUGAUGGUCGCUUGUUUUUGCCUCACAACAUACACGUGCGCAUGGCCUGUCUUAUUUCCGAUGCUUUGACCAAACACGCCCCUGAAGUUUUAGGACUAUCGGGUAUUUCGGAAAGUGUACGCCAGGUUUCAAGUCUUAUUGAUUUUAGUCAAUCGACCAGGGAACAAUUUAGUACUUGGUGUUGGAGUAUAGUUUCCAUAUUACGUUUGCAUAUCAUGGAUCAGAAUGUAGAACAAGUUAAGCUUACUUUACGUAAUCCGGCAGAAGCUUUAAUGUUUGUCUCUGAAUUGGAACGUAUUGAUUUGAUAUAUCAGGGCGUCACAGAGAAUAGGCCUUUGGCUUUAUUUGUAGCCAUAUUAGUGUCAUCGCAUGGUCAUUCGAUACCUUUAAUAUGUCAGAAGGGGUUUGAGUUAAUGCAGCGUUUGUUAAGUGAUCAUCGGCACGCUGCGGUCAUCAGAUGUUUGGAGUUGAUAGUGCCUCUGUUCUUGGAAACGCCUGAAACAUUGGGGAAUUCGGAGGGUUUCCAUGCUAUUUUAUAUACUUUAUUAAAUGCCGAUAAAACCUACUUGAAAAUGGCUAAGGACAUGGUCUAUCCAAAUACAGUUGGACCUGUUUUGGAACUGUUCGACAAUAUGAUACAUCAUCAAAUAACAUCGUAUAACAAUUAUGGCCUUUCAUCCCCUUUAAAUCUUAUUAACAUUUGGCUACAUUGCCUUACAGCUUUGCCCAAUUGGCAAAAUACUUAUGUUGUCUAUUUGUUGGAUAAAAUCCUUAGAGUAGCAUAUCAAUUUCCCGAUGCUCAUAUGCAAUGUUUGGAAUUUUUCCACAACUACUACAGGGAAUGUACAGAUUGGAAGGGUGUCAAUAAAAUGUCUACCCUUAAAGGUUUCUUUGGUGGCAAUCAAUCAAAAAUGCCUGUUGUAUCAGCCUAUCAUCCUUGGUUGGCAUUGGUGUUACUCGAAAUCGAAUUCAAAACACAAGAUUCUUGUAUAUGGAUUGAAUUAUUGCGACAGCUAAGUACAGCUGGUACAAAACCAAAUGUUGAUGCUGUUUUAAAGAAAACCUUAAAUAUAGCGAAAAAACCUACUUACCCAGCCCAUAUGCUGGUUAUCUACAAAUAUGCCAAUCUAGUAGCAAAUAUGGAUAUAAAUCAUGCUCUCUUUGCCAUAAUUAAUCAAAAGUUUUUCGAAUUGUAUUUAUCGCGCAUACCCACACACUAUGACGAUCACAGUUUCCAACAAAUCUUUGGAGUUUCAGAUAAAUUCUAUGAUUUCAAUAUAACAAUAAUGAAGAAAAUUAAAACACAACUUAAGGCGGCUGAAACUCUAUAUGAAAAUGAAGCAAAAAAGCAUGCUCAAGAUGAUGGUCUUAGUUAUUGUUAUAGAAAUUGUGCUAAAAUUAUGAAAACCUAUGCCUUGUGGCUAGAAGAUACAGCUAUGAAUAAAAUGUCUAAGGAACAAACCAAUUAUCCGCCUCAAUAUAAUAAUGAAAAACUAAAAGAAAUUCUUAACGGCAAUACGACUCAUUGGACUGAGUUCUUAUAUCUCCCCUCUAUACGCAAAGAACAACGUUAUCAGGCAGAUCAAUGGUCCCGCAAAUGUUUCCGUUUAAAGUCCAAUACAAAUUUACGCUCUCCUUUGCAGCCGAAAGCAAAAGCUACGCCUAUACAACGUAUUAAGUCACACUUAAGUUCUUAUGAUUCACAUUUACCUCCUCCGCAAUAUAUUAAACCUUCUGUGUUUGUGCAAAAGGAAAUUUCACAGCAUUCUCUGAAGGAAUUGAAAGAAAGGCUGAGAGUUUUAACUGGUACUGCAACUAAAUUUCACUUUAAAACUUCUGAACUCAACGCUAUUAAUCGCAACUACAUGGACAAUAUUGUAAAUCUUUAUAAAAUGGUGCCUUAUGAAGAAAUAAAAAUUAAAAGUUGUAAUUCACUGCUAUUCAAUCGUCAGUGCACAAAUCCUGCUAGAAUAAUUACAACUCUAGAAAUGAUACGCAAAGAUGAACAAGUACAGGAGAAAAUCACAACGUAUCGCGAACGACAUGACAAAAUCGUUGAUGAAAUGUUAAACGAAAAUGUAGAAGAUUUCGCCAAAUGUGUGGGACAAAUUGGUCAGAUUCUACGUUUAUUGUUGAUAAAGAGCAAUGAUCCACAUGAUGUUAUGAAUCAAUUGAAGUCGAAUACGGGCAUAGAGUAUUUCUAUCAUGUCAUUGAGAAUAUGUCGGAUAUAACAAUGAAAUUUAAUGCUACAAACAAAUUCUACACAGAAUUAUUAAAUGAUUUGGGGGUAUUUAUACAAGAAAACCAGGAAAGUGAAGGUUUAAAAAUAUUAGAGCUGGCCAUAAAAAGGCCAAAUUUAAUAAAAGCAAUGACUGGUGUAUUUGUGCCCAGUCAAACACGUCCUCCCCAUUUCCUAAAAAUGUAUCAAUUCCUUAUUGAUUCCCAUUUGAAGCGCUGUGAUACAAAAAUUUUAUUUGUUUUGUUUUCUAAGUUUGAUUUAUUAUUAUGGCUGGAGUCCUAUCGUCCCAAACUAUUCGACAUAAAUAACCUAUUACAAUUGGUUUUACAAGGUCUAGAGUCUUGGUCUCAGCCUUCCUCGUCUCUUUUGCAAGAUCAAUUUCGUCGUCAUUUGGUUCACAUAUUCGAUUAUGAUUUUCCCGAACAUUAUGGUGAAGUUAUGCAAAUGGUUUUAGAUCGCAUAUCCGAUCAGAAAUUAAUGCCCAUAGUACUGUUGGAUCUUCUGAAUUCAUUGCUCAUUAAAUUCAAUUGUGAACAAUUUAAUUUGAAUACCAGCCAAGAAAAAUUAGAAGAGAUUUCAAUGGACUUUGCUAGAAGACAAAACCUUUUUAAUCUUAAGGCUUCAACAGAUACGAUCAUGUUAUUUGCUCGUCACUUUCAAAAGGAGCGUUUAAGUCAUGGUUUACAUGGCCUAUACCCUAAACACAAAGACUACUGCAAACCUCUGGCAUUGUGGUUUUCUUGUUUUGGCCAUUGUCUGCUAGUGACCGCUAUAUGUACCUAUCAGGAAUUGUUAGCAGAUCAAAUUUGUGAUUUAGUAUUUGGUUCCAUAAUAGAAAUGUAUUCGCCCUGGCUUAUUACCUACACCGAACAAACAAUUCAAGAAUCUUCUGCCAAUUGGAUACGUCAGCUGAUCAAUAGUGUUAAUGGCAAAAUGUUAUACCCUUGGAGUGAACAGCAUGCUGGUUCUAGCAGAAUAAUUAUUAAAAAUUUCAUUCGAACUUUAAUAUUUAUUUUGGAAAAUUUACCGAUUUCUCAUAAAAUUCUGGCUCAUACGUUUAGUUGGUACAUUCACCAUUUCACGAUUCCCAAUAUUGAGUAUUUUGUAUAUGGACCCAUACAUGAGGGUAUUGCUGAACUACCUUGGGAAUAUUUUAAACCUCAAGUGGAAUAUAUCGAUAUGUUAUACGACAGUUUACAAAAGUUCAUUCCUGAAGCCCAUGCCAUGCUGGGACACAUUUUUAUACGCAUAAAUUGGAAUGAAUGGUUUUCCGAAACACUGCCUACAAUAUCCGUACAACAGCGAACGACAGUCGUCUCACGUUUAUUUACAAUUUUCAUUAAAAUCGCCUUUGAGCCCAAUAUACACAUACAAGUGAAUACAAGCAAAAUACUUGAAGAUGCCAUUAGUUAUCCUUGGUACAUGGUAGAAUAUACAGAAUUGGAGAAUCUAUUGAAAUGGUUUGUGACCACAGUGGAACCGACCAUCAUUCUUAAAAUACCAACAGAAAGCAAUUAUGCCGAUAGAGCGGUAUUAGACUUAAUUCGUUUAACCUGUGCGAUGAUGCCAGAACGUGGUGAUCAAACUAAAAAUAUAUCGAAUGCUACAGCAAAACGCAUCUUAUAUACAAGAUCUAUGAUUCGUUUGCAAAGAGCUUGUGCGGCCAAAAAUUCAAAACUUUUGGCUACAAAAGAAGGACAUCGUGUAUUUAAAAAUGCAUUCGAAGAAUUGCUAAAUACUUUAAAUCAAUCCUUGUGUGCGCUGGCUGCUACAAAAUCCUACGAGGAGCAAAGACGUGAGGCCUUAAAUGUAAUGUUGGAAAUUAUUUUACCUAUGCAAACACAAAGUGAGGAAACUUCAAAUUUACACAUUGAAUGUAUGAUGAAAUGGCAGGAGUUACAUGCCCAACCUGGCAAUAUAUUGAUGUGCAGUAUUUUAAGUGCCAUUGGUCAUAUGAAAGCUUUUAUAGGCGGUACUUAUACGUUACUGGAGACUAGUAUUGCUUUUUAUUUUCGUUCUUCGCAGGAGAGUUUAGAUUGGCAUACACCCUCUUGGGUAAACCUAUUGCAGUUAUUGCAAAUGUCGUUGGAGAAACUGGAAUUAAUGCCGAUUAUGAGGAAUUCCUCAAUGUUUACAUUGCAUAUUUUCAUUUUAUAUAAAAUGGAAAAAAUGCCCACAGUUGGUGAUCAAAUAACAUUCCUGCAAGAUCUAAGUCAAUUGGUGGAAAGUCUAAAGACAGAGCCUUCUAGUGAGCCUGUUUUGGCAGUAGUUUGGGGUUCUAUGAUAUCAUGGGGUUGUAGAAUUAUCGCACAGGAACCACACAACGCCAGAAAACCUUUAAUAAUGUUGGCACGCCAUUUACAAAUAAUAUCAACACAAGCAGAAAGUUGGGGUGAUGGUAUUUUAGGAGCUAUUGGCUUUAAAAAGGAUGUGGUAACAAACAAACGUAAAGUUCUAACACGUUGUCUGGCAAUUGUGGUAUUUUCUUUGUUCCCCUAUAAAAGUCAUACGGGUGAUAGUGUAGUGCCUAGCGAAGAUCAUUCCUCCUCUGUGCGGGAAUUAUCAAUGCUAUUGGCCAAUAAAAAAUUCAUCGAUGUUAAACCAUUGAUUGUUCAAUCUAUAGGCAUUUUGAAUGAAAAUCCAAUGCCUCAGCUAAGUGAUGUGUCUCAUUUGGUGUGUCGUAUAAUAUCGUUAUUUUAUAAUAACGUCUUUCUUACCACGGUACCCGAAGUUUGGGAAAUGGACUUUAAAAUUCCUGCUAUGUAAAAGUGAUUUUCGUUAAUUUUUGUUUACUUGUACUAAUACGCAUACAUACACAUACUUUUUGUGAGUCUGGUUAUUUUUCUAUAGUUAUUUUUAUAAACAUAUUUACAUUAUAAUCGUAAAAAAGUAAGUGAAUCCAUACGUUAUUUUAAUUUCGAUUAUUAAUAUUUUACUUUUUUUCUUAAAGAAUAAAAUUAUAUGUAAUAUUUUUGAAAUAUUAA